UAUUACUUCACCGAUUGAAUCUCUCAAACUCGAGUUUUUUUUCUUGCCAUUCAGUACUCGUAAUCAUGUCGUAUAGUGAAGGAACAACCUCUCCACAAGAUGAGAUUGCCAGAUCCUUCCAAUACCUCCUCAGCAUGAUGAAGGCAGGCGAAGAGAAAGACAAGGACAAAGACAAGGAGAUCAUUGAUGAUGAAGCUGACAAGCCUAGACACUGCUGCAUAUGCUCGUCCAUCGACAGGACAAGAUUGAUGAUACGCUGUGAUUACUGUGAACAGUGGUACCAUGGGGACUGCAUUGGCUUAGAGAAGGAAACCACUGAAUGGAUCAAGAGAUAUGCAUGCCCACCAUGCUCUGAGGCCAAUCCAGAAGCCAAGACUGUAUACAAAGAGGAGAGAGGCAAGGACCUGGCCGAGAAAGAGGAGCCAGAUGGAGACAAGGAGGACCCAGAGAAGGCAUCCAGGGAGAUGCUCAAGAACACCAAGAAGAGAAAGAAACCAAAGAUAUCCAAGGAUUAUGAUCAUUUGAUGAAAAUGAGGGACAACCAAAAAGACUUGGACAAGGCCAAGGAAACCACCGGUGAUAAAUCUUGGGAGACUAGACACUGUGGCGUGGAGGAAGGCCAAGGAAGGCCAAGGAGGAAGGCCAAGGUCAAAUUCCUCCUCAGAAUGAAGAAAAUGAUGAGGGACCAAGAGACCACCGGUGUGGAUGGCCAAGUAAGGCAAAGGAGGAAGGCCAAGGUAGACAACCACCGAAAAAGGAAGAAAAUGGGGGACAAAGAGAAUGGUGAGGACAAGAAGACCACUAGCAAUGAGCCUAGAAACUGCGGCUUAUGCUGUUCCAUUGGUAGAACAAGAGUUAUGAUAUGCUGUGAUUACUGUCAUGAGUGGUACCAUAGGGACUGCAUAGGCAUAGGAAGAGAUGCCUAUAGACGCAUCACCAAAUAUGCAUGCCCACCAUGCGCUUCACUAUUAAAGAUGAAGCCAGAAGACCAGAUUGUGUAUGAAGAGGAAGAGGCAGUCAAGGACUCAGCCGAAGAUGAGGAGGAGGAGGAGGAGCUAGACCAAGUGCUAAUACAGGACGUGUAA